AUGGCCAUUGAAACUCAACAUAAGCCCAACGGAUGGCCACUUAUGGCCGUCGUACAAUCAAGAUUGGGUGCUGUACAAGAGCCCUGGAUGGCCACUGAGGAGGCAUUAAACCCUGAAGGUCGCCGCAGAACCCUGGGUGGUUUCGAGAACUGUCGUAAAGCCAUAGUCCUUAAGGGUACUAAGGGUCCUCCCAGAGCCACUAAGGGCCCUCCCAGAGCCAUUAAGGGUCUUCCCAGAGUCACUAAGGGUCUUCCCAGAGCUAGUAAGGGUCCUCCCAGAGCCACUAAGGGCCCUCCCAGAGCCACUAAAGACCCUCCCAGAGCCAUGCCGGUGUCUACCAUAGCGGGCGUGGCAGGAGCUCCCUCACAGCUGCCGUGCGUAGUCAUACAGAACCAGCUAGGGGACACGCCCAUCCUGGUGCUCUGGUAUAAGGACGGUGCUCGCCGGCCAUUCUACACACUCGACCUGCGAGAGAGUGGGGACAAGGAAGUGUAUGCUGACCCAGAUAUCAAAGGUCGUGUGAGGUCAGAGCUGAGGGGGAGUUACCUGACCCUUGACCCUCUGCUGGGGUCAGAUGCCGCCAGGUACAAGUGUCGUGUAGACUUCCAGGAUGGUCCCACGAGGUCAGCCCUUGUCAACCUUACUGUAUAUGUGGUACCGUCCCGUCUCGUGGUUCAAGACGAGAACAGCCGAGCAGUGCCAGCCGGCAGCCUGGGUCCGCUCACCGAGGGAGACAAACUCACCCUCUACUGCGUCGCUACAGGCGGCCGGCCACCACCCAAAGUCACCUGGUGGAGAGGGAACCACCUCCUAGCCAACCGCAGCCUCGUGCUAGGCCAGGACGGCACCCUCUUAGCCUCUCAGGAAGUCAAUGGAGGCCGCCUCAUGAGCGUCGACGUAGGCAUGGGAGUGAUGUACGUGAGGACGGAACUAACCAUCCCCGAACUAACCAGAGAUUACGCCAGGGCCAACCUCACCUGUAAAGCCUCCAAUAACAACAUCACCGAGGCGCUCUCCACCACCAUCUCCCUCGACGUUUAUUUGCGGCCGUCGUCAGUAUUGGUGAAGGCGCCAGAGAAGCCUUUGGUGGAGGGCGCCCGCGAAGCCUGUGUGUGUGGCCUCCGGUGCGUACCCCUCAGCCUCUAUCCUCUGGGAGAAGACACAGGGAGGCAAGACCAUCAAACUCAAGGGCACGUGCCACUCUCUCGUCCCCUACAGUCACGCGUCAUAGGGGACACCACCUCGUCACAUGUCAGCCUGGUGCCUGAGGCGUCUGACCACGGGGCGAAGCUGACCUGCCGGGCACACAAUCCUAACAUAUCAGUCCAGGGCGUCCACACCUCCACAGUCCUCCAGGUGACUUUUGCUCCCAGGGUGAAACUCCGGCUGGGGGCUAAUCUAGGUGACCGACCCAUAACUGAGGGCGUGGACGUAUACUUCGAGUGUGAGAUCUCCUGUAACCCUCCAACCCGGGACGUAGUUUGGAACAAGAACGGCCAGGAGGUUCACCCCGACAGAAAGGCGGGAGUGAUCGUCUCUCACAGGAACCUGGUGCUACAGAUGGUACGGCGGAGCUCAGCUGGGAACUAUACCUGCACCGCCUCCAAUCCCUUGGGGACCACCACGAGCAACAGUGUCCCCCUCUCCAUACGCUAUCUCCCAGUGUGCAUAGGUGGGGGUCAGACGGUGGCGGUGGCGGAGGGAGAAGACGUACGCCUGACCUGCCGAGUGGACGCCCAGCCUGACGACGACCUACACUUCAUCUGGUACUUCAACAACACGCUGGACACUGUCGAGGUGGAGCGGCACAGGAUCAAAGUUCGUCAAGGUCACAGCUUCUUAGACUACACGCCCAGGUCAGCGAGAGACUACGGCACCUUGUCCUGCUGGGCGACAAACUCCGUCGGGAUGCAAGCCGACCCCUGUAUGUUCACCGUCGUGGAAGCAGGUCCUCCUGAGAGAGUGGGUAACUGCGUGUUGGUGAACCUGACGGUGGGAACCCUGGAGGUUGGUUGUACUCCUGGUAACGACGGAGGGCUGCCGCAGAGGUUCGUGGCCAGGGUGUACGCUUCCCCCACCCAUACCCUGCUGGCGACGCUAGAGGAGGAAGAGCCCAGGUUCCACGUUGAAGGACUCUUUCCCGGGCAGGACUACCUCAUCACCAUCACGGCCGUCAACGCUAAGGGUGCUAGUGAGCCUGAGGAGAUCGAUGCCAUCCGUCUUAAGGUGGCCGAGAAGAGGAUGGGGGAUGUUUCCGCACCGCCCGUGUCUCCCCUGGUGGGCGUGUUCCUGGGACUGGUGGGCGGGUUCGUGCUGCUCCUCCUAGCUGGUAUCCUCCUCACUAGAGUGCGCUCCAACAAGUGUAACUGUGUAAGGCACCGUCAGAGGGACACGGGGGUGGGAGGUGCCUCAUCCACUACGGCUUCCAAGUUGUGUGCCACCGGGCGAGGGAGAGCCACCCACGCCUCCCACGACGAAGAGAACGACGAGGAUGACGACGAGGAUGGUCCUGACGUGGUGAAGACUGCCAAUGAGACGGCCCAGCUGUUGGAAGGUCAAAAGUGUCCAGAGAUUGUAUCUACCAGAAGACCUCAGUCCUACACACAUAGUACGGUCAUAGGUCAAGGAUCAAGUGACAGCCCGCAGUUGACCCCAAACGGCACAGGGGGCAGAGCUUUGUACCGAGAUUCUGGCAGCCCGCAUCACCUGAGCCGUGACGAGAGCUUUGUGUAACUGCGGUCGAGAAUGUGAUCAAGUGACCACACCUGUACCACACCUGUAAUUACAAUCGGAGGAGAGGGAGAAGACUUAAUGGCCACACCUGUACAGGUCUACUACACCUGUAACCGUGGCUGUUAUAUCGUCCACACCUGUACACGCCAACACCUGUAUUGAUAGUCGGAGGAGACUAAUGACUACACACACACCUGUAAUCGCGGUCAGGGAGGCUGUCAUGUCGUCAAUACACACACACACACACACACACACACACACACACACACACACACACACACACACACACACACACACACACACCUGGGAUGGAUACCUUAUAGCGAUAGUCAGGGAAGAGAUACUAUACUCCACAACCCUGCCAGCCCACCUUGGGGACACCUGCAGCUAGGGUGAAAAACCAGUGUUUCACACCCAUGGACAUUUCUCUGGAACACGUGUAUUUGCUGUGUCUCUCAUCCAUGGACACGUGUGUCUAUAGCGAGGACACAGUGUUUCCGGACUCCCAUAGCCAUUCCCGCCCCUCGCUGGAAACUCAUUACUGUUGUGUGUGAGGGGGUGUGACCACGUGCUUCAGACUAUAAGUUGGUGUAAUGUACCGCUGAAUUUGUGCUCCUUGGGGGGAUAAAUGAGUGACUACGUGUCUAGACUUGUUUUUUGUGUGGGUGUGUGUGUGUGUGUGUGUGUGUGUGUGUGUGUGUGUGUGUGUG